CGACUCCUUCCUUCACUCGUGGAUUAGCGCAAAACUAUCAGGCAUAUUGAUUGUUACCUACUUACCUAUCGAUAAUUACUUAUAGUACUCGACCGUUAAUGGUGGUUACUGAUAUAAACAUGGUUCGACAACAACUUUCUACAACAUUAAACCGGCGCAGUUUGUCGUCACUUGCAAUGCUAUGCACCACGUUAACAUUACUAGUUGAUUUAGCCAAUUCUUCAGUAUCAUGUGGCCCCGGUAUAAAAUCAGUUGGAGGAACGGUCCCAAGUGGUGAUAUCAUCCUAGAGUAUGGCAGUGGAGUUCCUUUGGAAAUCACGUGCAUCUUGCAAUCUGAUACCAUAAUAGUGCAAAACUUGUUUCGUGAUCGAACAGACAGUAGUAAUAAAACCAAAUUUCCCAGCCACAGGAUAAUAUUUUAUAAAAACGCCGAAAUCGUACCAAGACAAUAUGUGACAAUCGUCAACGCAACAGCGGCUCAACUCCGCAUUCCAAACCCCCCAGCUGGCCAAGACACCUAUUAUUGCACACUAUUACUUGAUUACGAAGGCCGUAAAAAUGAAAGUUAUGGUAUUUCUAGCAGCGAUCUUCCGUAUAUUAUGACAUCUAAUGUUUCGUCCACGUUACCCACUGUAGAAGAUGAAGUUACUGGCUCGAACACGAAUGGAUCUCAUCUACUGGGAUCACAAGUUGGGGUGUGUUUGAAUAGAGUCUAUGUUGGAUAUAAACCAGCCAUUGUAAGAAAUUUUACAUGUAUCUCUGAAAAUUGGGCCAAUUUGAGGUGCAAGUGGAAAAUAUCAGAGAACCCAAUUAAAACUACUUAUACGUUAUUAUUCAGAUUACCCGGUCGUGCUGGAGGCAGAAUAUUCAUAAAUUGUCCGACGGAUUCAGAUAUUAGAGAGAAUAGUUGCUAUUGGGAUUUCAAUACUACGCCUAUGUAUAGACAACCUUAUGAGUUUUACGAUUUCAGAUUAAAUGGCCAAAAUGUUUUAGGAAAUUCAUCUACGUUUUUCAAUUUUCAUCAUUAUGCUAAUAUUAUUCCCGCGAGCCCUAUAAAUAUCACUGUGGUGGAUAAUACAGAAUCAAGUGCUAUGUUGAGGUGGUCUGUGGGCACUAUGACAAACUUCCCACGGGAACUAAUUUAUAAGAUCGAAUAUAAGUCACAAUGGGAUUCCAAUCCCGAACAUUGGCAUUCUGUAAUUACAAGUGACGUGGAAUGUAGUAUGUCCAAUCAAACAAAUUCAUUUCUGUAUACUAUGAAUUGCCAAGAACGUAAUGAUGAUUAUUAUUAUUUUAAUGUCACUGAUCUAAAAUAUCCGUCCACACAUUACGAUUUUCGCAUGUACGUACGUUCUUCCCUUGCCCGCGGGGAGGAUAAGUGGUCACUUCCUGGUUAUAUAACUCUGAAAACCAAACCUUCGAUACCAAGAAGGCCGCCAAAAACUGAUAUUGGGAGCUUUGAGAGUCUUACGUCACGAAUCGACAAAUCCAAAAGAAACGUGUUCAUUUAUUGGCAACAAAUUGAUGAUAGUGAGAAAUGUGGUGACUCGUUUGAGUACCGUGCUUACUAUACUUCAACCACAGAACAAAACAAGUCCACAAUUCACUAUAGCAAUGAAAUAUAUGAAAGUUAUGCCAAGUUUCAAGAACUCAGUACUUCAGUUGGUUACAACUUUACAGUGUAUUCAUCGAACAAAGAAGGUUCGUCAACGGAAUUUUCAACAAUAUACGUACCUAGUGAAUCGCAGAGAAUUGAAAAACCAAUAUUACUAACAAAAAUGGUAUUUGAUCAACAAGGUGUUUUUGAACUAUCCUGGAAAAAUUCCGGUACUACGGAAUUGUCCUCUGCCGAUGAACUGAAUUACUAUACAUUAUUCUGGUGUGAAAAUGUUAAUCGUGAUCCGUAUCAAUGUAAUGGUUAUAUAAACUGGACGCAUGUACCUAGUACAGAAUUUCGCUGCAAUGUCACUAUAUUAAAUUAUAAUGUUAAAAACCAUUAUCAAUUUGCAAUAAGUGCUAAUAGUCGACGUUUACUCAGUAAUGGAACCAAUAGUUAUCAUCAAAGCAAUUGUAAGAGUAGCGGAAUGGUGUGGGAAUCGUGUACAAUACAAAAUAAUAUAACUGCAAGAAAAGUUGAGAACGUUUGGGUUAGUGUGAUAAGCUCGACGUUUCUUGGCUUGAGAUGGAAUAUUGACUGUACUGACAGAAUCGGUUUAGUUGGCGAAUAUCAAAUAUUUUACUGUGCUGUUGUUUCCGCAAACAAUUACAUUUGCAAAGGAUCCAUGUUAUCCAAAAUAGUGAGCAGAGAAGCGGCACAAAAAGACGGAGGUUUUACAUUAUUAACAAACCUUGAGCCUAAUACUACGUACAUUGUUUCCAUAGCAAUAAGUACAAAUUAUGACAAAGGAAUACAUAGUGAUCCAUUACUAAUUACCACUUUAGGCUUAGGAGGAGGGUGGUAUUUAAAACAAGAAUAUCCCACAUAUGUACAACAAAUAAUGAAACAUAAUUUUUAUCCUUAAUAGGUACUAGUAAUCAUUCAUAAUAUAAAAAUUAUCCUUAUUUCAUAAUAUAUUUAAUUGUAAUACUAUUAUACAUCAAGACAGUUUCAUUCUACUUACUAAGAAUAUUAAAUUUAAAAUAAAAUGACUUCCCUUAGUCGUAACAUAUCUAGUGAGGUAUAUAUUGUAUUAGUUCUUGAUCCAUUCAUUAUUCUGCUAACAAAUAUUGAAGACGUGGUAUAUGUAGUGUAGUUAUAUGUAAUGUGUACCUACUCAUUAAGACGCUUUCUUUAUUAUUUAGAAAUUUAGAAUCAUAAAAGUUAAAUCACUUACUUAUGAAUACAAGCUUUAUAUUUUAUUU